GUGCGCGCGGUGGCGGCGGCGGCGGCGGCGGCGCGUGGCAGGUCCGGCGGGCGCGAGGCGGCGGCGGCCCGAGCCCGGCCCAGCCUCGUCCGCCCGGGGCCCGCCCGGCUCGACCCCCGCCCCGGCCUGCCCCCGGAGCGCCGCGGCCUCGCCCGGGCCCGGCCCGGCGUCUCCCGAGGGAGCGUCGCCGCCGGCCGAGAGCGCAGGCCCGGCCAUGACCGACUUCAAAUUGGGCAUCGUGCGGCUCGGCCGGGUGGCCGGGAAGACCAAAUAUACACUGAUAGAUGAGCAAGACAUCCCCUUGGUGGAGAGCUACUCCUUUGAGGCUCGUAUGGAAGUAGAUGCUGAUGGAAAUGGUGCUAAGAUAUUCGCAUAUGCCUUCGACAAAAAUCGAGGAAGAGGAUCUGGCAGGCUCCUCCAUGAGCUGCUGUGGGAGCGACACAGAGGAGGUGUGGCUCCUGGGUUUCAGGUGGUGCAUCUCAACGCUGUGACAGUGGACAAUCGACUGGACAACCUGCAGCUGGUGCCGUGGGGCUGGCGGCCCAAAGCUGAGGAGACCUCCAGCAAACAGAGGGAGCAGAGCUUGUACUGGCUCGCAAUUCAGCAGCUUCCCACAGACCCCAUAGAAGAGCAAUUCCCUGUCCUCAAUGUGACCCGGUACUACAAUGCCAAUGGGGAUGUGGUGGAAGAGGAGGAAAAUUCCUGCACCUACUAUGAGUGCCAUUACCCUCCCUGCACAGUGAUCGAGAAACAGCUCCGGGAGUUCAACAUCUGUGGGCGCUGCCAGGUGGCCCGGUACUGUGGCUCCCAGUGCCAGCAGAAGGACUGGCCUGCUCACAAGAAGCACUGUCGGGAGAGGAAGCGUCCCUUCCAGCAUGAGCUUGAGCCUGAACGAUGACGGGCAGGAGUCGCCACUGCCGCAGGUUCGAGGCUUCCAGCUCUUCCGUGGGCACAGUGGAGAUAGACUGGCCGUUGAGGUGCCAAAGAAGCUAGUGGUGGGCCCAGACAGCCACCAUCAGACUCCCCAGGGCACAUGCAGUCUGCGGGGACAGUGCCCCUCCAGUGUUAUCUCCAGCAGAGACAACGGGGAGGCUCCCCAGGACCUUUCUCAUUAUUUAUAUGUUAAUAUGUUUGUAAACUCAUGUACAGUUUUUUUGGGGGGGAGGUAGGGGAAGGGUUAGAAACUACAAAUAGAAUCAUUUGCUGUAAUC